CAACCCCGCGCGGUGCUUGUCAUUAAAUUUUUUGCGGCCGUGCUUACGAUGUGCUUAUGCUAAAAUGUUUAGCUAAUUGUAUCGCAGCAAAAAUGCGACCAAAGCAAGCCCAAUGCUUCAUGAAAUUCGAUCAACAGAAAAUGGAUAUGCUGUGCAUACGAGCUCUUUGCGUGCUACCGCCCAUGGUGGCCAAGGCAAACAUCUAUACCCUGAUGCGGAACGGCCUGCGACCAUUUACGAUAGUUGAAAUUUGUUCACAGAGAGCUGCAGCUUCAUGCUGUGUGACUGUAGACGCAACAAUAGAAGAGGGCGUCCUGGAAGUUCAUGAUUGGGUACUACGGCAUCUAGGUGCGUCACAUGGAGGGCAGCUCGCAGUCCGUGUGACGACGCGAAAGCCGGUGAUGGGAUCUAUGAAGUUUGUUGAGUUGUCCACAUGGGUGCAAGCGCCAUCACCUGCCAUGCCUAGAGCUAUUCAACAUUGCUCGCCGAUCAACGUGGUCUCAGAGACUUUGGGUAGGCAGGUCCAGCACGCAUCGCUAGCUCAUCACCUUCGUGCAGGCGUUGCAAUCGCGGUGUUUGUUGAUGGAGACCUUCGAGUAUUUCUCUGUAUUGGACGAGUUGAUGCAGGCACUGACUUAGUGGUCCUGAAUGGCCAUAGCGAAGCUGUAGAGGAUAGGGUAUUUAAAAAAUUGUCGGCAGCAUCUCGUCUGAUAACUAGUUGGGUACCAAUCAAUGAGCGAGGGACCGAGCAGUUUGAUUCGGGGCGACCUUCAUCAAAAAUUAUUCAAAUUGGCACGGUAUUCGUAUAUUUAAACACAUCCACAUGUUGUGGGGAGGCUUCGAGAAUAUUUGAUGCGCUCCCAGCACUGCUUGUCGAGGGACGCCCCGGCGUCAGUAAGAGUAGAGCAGUGACAGAUGCCAUCACGAUAUUUCAGCAACUUGGCAUCCAUGUGGCAUGCUGUGAUGUGGAGAUCAUCCUCGAUGAAGCUGCAGUCUCGAGAGAGACUCACUUAAUCGAGGCUGAAACUUCAUCGAUAGAAAGCGGGGUGACAUCUCCCUCUCUACGUAGCUUCAUGCGUGCAGCGGCAGCAACAAAUGGUCUUAUGAUUCUCAAUAACUUUGGUGCUGUGGUGCGAGCUACAAGACUCCUUGCAAUCAAUAAAUCCGACAAAUUAGAAAAUCACGAUGUCGUGCGACGGGGUGGUGCAGCAUUGUGGUUCUCAGCUGAAAUUGAGCGCUGGUCAAAGAUGUGUGACGUUCCGAAAGCCUCCGGUAUUGUCAUGACAUGUGACGAACCAAUCAAUCUGGAUAAGGAAAACUUCAAGUCCAAGUAUCCGUGCAAGAGCGACCAAGGAGGAAUUAUUCAUGACUCCAUUCUUAGUAUUUAUCGAUUUGAGGACGUUGUAACCAUAACAGCAAAUGAUUUGCCUGGGCUGGCGGCUUUUCAAAUGCCGCAUCGUGAGCCUAUUAAAAAUUACUUUAAAAGCCACACCACUCUCGACCAGGGUGAAAUUAAUAUCUUGGGUUUAAAUCCAGCGCGCGGUGUUCAGACUCUUGUGUGCGCAGAUAUAUCUCAACCGAGUGGGGAGAACCUCAUGCCACCGCGAUGGCAAGAUAUUGGGGGUUGUUGGGCAGCUAAGGACGAAUUGGAAAAGGCCAUCUUCUGGCCCAAAACGUGCACGGUUGAAUUUUGUCAUUUCACUCUGCGUACAUCUCGUGGCAUUAUUCUCCAUGGACCACCUGGAAAUGGCAAAACACUGUUAGCCCGCGCUGUUGCUAACCAUAUGAAAGCAAGAUUCAUAGAUGUUCGAUCUGCAGAACUCGUCUUACCAUACCUUGGUGAAUCAGAGUCAGCUAUCCGUAGAUUUUUCGCCGUAGCACGCGAAAACACGCCAUGUGUUCUAUUUUUUGACGAACUCGAUGCCAUUGGCAUGGCUCGUGGUGACGCAGAGCAUGCAAACGGCUCAAACCUGCGUACACGACUUGUGGCAACUUUACUGAAUGAACUGGAUGGAGUGCUUGAUGAGAAUGAUGGUGUUCUUGUCCUCGCUGCAACGAAUCGCCUCAACACGCUCGAUGCAGCCCUUAUUCGACCCGGUCGUCUUGAAGUAAGCAUUUAUGUGCCUAUGCCGAGCUUCAGAGACCGCUGGGAUAUUCUUGCACUGGCUUCAAAUCACUUGACUCUUGGAGAAGAUAUUCAGAUAGCUGAGCUUGCUGCGGAGACUUUCGGAGCGUCAGCAGCGCAGCUGACAUCCUUGUGUCGAGAGGCAGUUUUUGCGGCCCUCGAUGAUAGUCCCGAUGCACGUUACGUCAACAAGGCGAAUUUUUCGAUUGCCCUAGGGCAAUGAAUCCUACGGCUGCCCUGCAUUUCUCGCCCUGGCUCCUGGGGUGUAGCGCACCGGCCGGCCCCCCCUGAGUCGCCGCGAACGCGGGAAAUUCGACGCGUUCUAGUUUGGGGGCCGCCCGGCCCCCCGGCGCCUGAGUAAAGCCCCCAGCCGCCGACCCAAACUGUCGGGGGCGUUUCGGG